ACGGCCGCCUCCACGUGACCCAAACAGGUUCGGGCACUUCCGCUUCCCCCGGGCUUUCUUCUCGUCAGUGUCCGCGGCCGGGCCGCUGCCGGUCCCCGCGGAAGCGGCGGUGGCGGCGUCAUGGCGGAGCUGACGGCUCUGGAGAGUCUCAUCGAGAUGGGCUUCCCCAGGGGACGCGCGGAGAAGGCUCUGGCCCUCACAGGGAACCAGGGCAUCGAGGCUGCGAUGGACUGGUUGAUGGAGCACGAAGACGACCCCGAUGUGGACGAGCCACUAGCGACCCCCCUUGGACAUGUCCUGGGACGGGAACCCACGCCUUCGGAGCAAAGUAGCCCCGAAGGACCUGGGUCUGCUGCCGGAGAAGGCAAACCCCCGUUGAGUGAAGAGGAAAGACAGGAACAGACUAAGAGGAUGUUGGAGCUGCUGGCCCAGAAGCAGCGGGAACGUGAAGAGAGAGAGGAGCGGGAGGCCCUGGAACGCGAACGGCAGCGCAGGAGACAAGGGCAGGAGUUGUCAGCUGCCCGACAGCGGCUCCAGGAGGAUGAGAUGCGCCGGGCUGCUGAGGAGCGGCGGAGGGAAAAGGCUGAAGAGUUAGCGGCCAGACAAAGAGUCCGAGAAAAGAUCGAAAGGGACAAAGCAGAGAGAGCCAAGAAGUAUGGGGGUAGUGUGGGUUCUCAGCCACCCCCACCUACGACGACAGAGCCAGGUCCUGUUCCCGCCUCUCCCAGCCAGGAGCCUCCCACGAAGCGGGAGUAUGACCAGUGUCGCAUUCAGGUCAGGCUGCCAGAUGGGACUUCCCUGACCCAGACGUUCCGGGCACGGGAACAGCUGGCGGCCGUCAGGCUCUAUGUGGAGCUCCACCGUGGGGAGGAGCUAGGAGGGGGCCAGGACCCUGUGCAGUUGCUCAGUGGCUUCCCCCGGCGGGCCUUCUCAGAAGCUGACAUGGAGCGGCCUCUGCAGGAGCUGGGUAUGACACGUGGCACCAGAAACCAGGAUUUGGGGGACAGGAGGCAUCCCUGAGGAGGGAAGGGGAGGUGCAAAGAGGAGGGACCUUGUGGAGAUGGUGCGAGGCCAGGAACUUGGGGGAGGCAAGAAGCAGGUAUUGCUGUGGUUCAAACCUGUUUUCUUCCAUCUUCAGGACUUGUGCCUUCUGCUGUCCUCAUUGUGGCCAAGAAAUGUCCCAGCUGAGAGGCCUUUUCCCACCAUCCCUCUCUGACUUCUCCAUCUUUGAUAAAGCACUGACAUCUUCCUAAUAAAUAAACCCUCUGAGUUCUGUA